AUUCUUUCGUUCGGUUGAGUAAAAGCGUUCCUCUGCAAAUUUUAGUGUAUUUAUUAAUAAUUUGAGAUUAAAGUGCAAUAGAAAGUUCGCAUCGUGAUAAAUAAUGGAAGGAGAUAAAACUAAUUAUCCUUAUAAGAAGGGGCGUUACAUACCCGAAACGGAAUCACAAGAUAUUUUCAUGGAAGAGGAGCUAUUGGGAACUGAGUCACAAUCAGUUUUGAGUAUGUUACAAAACGUCAAUGAUGAUGGUGAAACGCAAAAUGAUCUCUCCCAAGUAAACCCAUAUUACCUUUGCGAUGAUGAGACUCAAAUUGAUACACAGAAAGAUCAAGUGGAUACAGUGGACAAGACUCUGGAUGAAGAAACUCAAAUCUACCAUCGGUCCCCAUCUCUGGCAGAAACAGGAGUGCAUACAAAUGACGAUUAUGCAGCUGAAUUCGAGUUAUUUCUCCGAGAAUAUAAUUACAAUGUAAAAGACAUUGAUCCUGAUUCAAAUAAUUUGGACUUAUUUGAACAUACAAUUACGGAAAGAAAUAUAUUGGAGGACGAUUUUAUCGAAGAAAACAAUGUAGAUGUGACAAUAAAUGAAGAUAUUUUUUUUAAGGAAGGUUGCGGUUGUGAACGACAAUGUACAAAACUCUUUCCUCGUGACGAAAUACUUGCUUCUAGACUAGAUUCCCAAAACUUAAAUGGUUACUGUGACCAACAUGUAAAUCAUCAAAAUAUUUUGUUAAUGGGGGCCUUAAACUGCUUGGCAAAUACAACUCCUGAAACAGCGAAGAAAGGCCACAAAUCUAAGACAAGAGAUAGAGCAAAUGUAGACUAUAAAUUUCGCGGGAUCUCGGUAUGUAGAUCUUUUUUUCUUUUUGUAAAUGGAGUAGGCAUGAAGAAAUUUCGAAACAUUUUGAGGCAAAUUAAAAAGAACGGAAUUGAAGUCACUGCACACAAGUCAAGCAAAACUAAUAACAAAACUCUUACAUUAGAACAGCGUGUGCAUGCUGUUACGUUCAUUAAGAACUUCUCGUUACAAAACUCACUCGUAUUGCCUGGUCGAAUGCCUUGUUAUCGUGACGUUGAUUUACACAUUUUACCCAGCAGUAUGAGCAAAACCUACAUAUAUGAGAAAUACUUAGAAGCAUGUACGAAAAAUGAAACAAAUGCCGUUGGUCGUACCUCAUGGUAUCAAAUCUGGAAAGAUUUUUGCCCAAAUAUUGUAAUACAGCAUCCACGUACGGACUUGUGCCAUGUCUGUCAUAAAAAUGUAACAACAUUAAACAAGAUGGCUUCAAUGAAUGAAGAAUCUAAGGCUAAGAUUCUUCAAGAAUCACUUAAUCAUCUAACUAAUGUUCAGACUGAAAGACAAUAUUACUCCAACUUAAUAGCUGAAAUAGCUCCAACUGUAGUCAACAUGGCUCUUGGCCCUCAUGAAGCUUGUGAUUUUGAUGGUUUGAUGCAUUAUUCGUUUGAUUUUGCUCAACAGGUUCAUUUGCCACACGAUGCACAACAAGUUGGCCCUUUAUAUUUUUUGACAGGUUAUAAGAUCGGUCUUUUCGGGAUCGCUAUAGAGCCAAUGCACAAAUUUGUACUUUAUGUAAUUCCUGAGUCAUGUGCGACAGGCAAAGGAGCGAACGUUGUUAUUUCUUUUCUCCACCAUUUUUUCGAAAACUUUGCCCUAGGAGAGACUAAAGUCGUUUGCCACGCCGAUAAUUGCGCUGGGCAAAAUAAAAACAAUUAUCUUAUACAAUACGGAUUAUGGCGGGUAAUGACAGGAAGACACAAAAGUUUUCAGCUAUCGUUUCUACCUGUAGGCCACACCAAAUUCGCACCCGACCAAUAUUUUGGUUUGUUUAAGAAGAAAUUCCGAAAAUCACAAGUCAGUACGGUAAAAGACGUUUGCGAAGCAGCUGUAACAGCAUGCCGAAUGACAAAUUCGAUUAUGUCAGUAAUGGUCGGUAACGAGGUUGGUGAUACUGUAAAUGUUAAAACGUAUGAUUGGGUUAAUUUUUUCAAAACCAAAAAACCGGCUACUGUACCAAAUUUACUCUCGUACAGCCAUUUUAAAACAGAUUUAUCUUUAGCUGGUCAAAUUGCUUGCGAAAAGUCUGCCACUGGCGAAUCUUGCGUCCAUCAUGUUAUAUUUAAAGAUACAUUUAGUAUUGACCAGAUGCCUGAAGUUAUCCAACCACAAGGCCUCUCCUACGACAGACAAAAAUAUCUAUAUGAAAAAAUUAGACAAUUUGUACCACCUGAAUCCCAAGACAUACUUUGCCCCAAGCCUUGUCUGCGCACAUCUCAAGAUCCUUUGGAAAAUCUUCCCCAAAUGCUUCUUACUCAGUCACAGCCAAGUUGUAGUGGUGUACAAUCUUUGCCAAAUACAAAACGUAAAAAGCCUACAUGCACCUAUUGUGGUGAGGUUGGUCACAGAAACCAAGUUCGCGGUGGUGUCUAUUUUUGUAAAAAAAGGCGUUCAGAACAAGAAAACCUUUAAUAUCGUGUAACUCGGCCAUAAGGACCCU